CAUGUACUGUCGAUGAAAAGCGGCCCUACUGAGAAAAGAAGCAUGUUAAAUUCAGCUAAUCAAAAAUACAAUUAACAAAAAGAAUAGUGCCUUUUUUUUGUCUUAUUUAACAUGAACGCAGCAUUUCACAGUGAACGCCCCCCCAGUCUGUCGGUCACCGCCCACUAAGUAACUCAGCCAGGUGACAGCUGAGCAAGCAGGGAUUCUACACAACUGAACUCUGCGCACACCACCACAGACAACAAUACGGCAGGUAUAGCGCGAAAGAAAGAAGUAUACACUCAGAGAAAUACCAAACUAUUGCGGUGACUCUCUUUGUUUAGUGUGCGUACUUUGAAAGCCUCUCUUCCGCCUGUUGUAGCCCAUUAGCAGCGCGUUUGGUGUGUCACGUUCCCAAACACAGAAGACUCAAAGGUUGUUGCAUUUCUUACCAGGUAACGUCACACGGACACCGUCAACAUGUCAGAUCCGACCGGGGAGGCGAAGUUGGAGUUGAAACAGGCGAGCAAAGAGGUGAAAGAGAGCGAGAAUGUAGCGGAAAAAUACUCUGCCUUGACCGUAAGCAAGAACAGCGAAAUGAACAUGGGAGAGCUGUCGUCUGCGUUCAGCGCCGUGCCCACACACAAACCAGUGAAGAAGCAGAUCCAGUUUGUGGAGGACAAGCAGGAGUUCAGCAGGUUCCCCACCAAAGCUGGCCGCCGCUCGCUGUCGCGCUCCAUCUCUCAGUCAUCCACAGACAGCUACAGCUCUGGUAAGAAUGGCUGUUCCAUGUUUAAAACGUUGCUGGCUUCAAUUUCCCGUGUUUUUUUUUACUUCUCUUACUUUACAGCUGCCUCCUACACAGAUAGCUCUGAUGAUGAGACCUCUCCCAGGGACAAAACUCAGGUGAACUCCAAAGGCAGCAGUGACUUCUGUGUCAAGAACAUCAAACAGGCUGAGUUUGGCAGACGUGAGAUUGAGAUAGCAGAACAAGACAUGUCAGCUCUGAUCUCACUCAGGAAGAGAGCUCAGAGUGAGAAACCAUUGGCAGGUGCCAAAAUUGUGGGCUGCACUCACAUCACCGCCCAGACUGCAGUGCUGAUCGAGACUCUGGUGGCUCUCGGGGCUCAGUGUCGCUGGACUGCAUGUAACAUUUACUCUACACAGAACGAAGUGGCUGCUGCUCUGUCAGAGACCGGUGUAGCUGUGUUUGCCUGGAAAGGGGAGUCCGAGGAUGAUUUCUGGUGGUGCAUUGACCGUUGCGUCAACAACGAGGGUUGGCAGCCUAACAUGAUCCUUGAUGAUGGAGGAGACUUGACACACUGGAUGUACAAGAAAUACCCAAAUGUUUUCAAGAAGAUCAGGGGCAUAGUGGAGGAGAGUGUCACUGGGGUUCACAGGUUGUAUCAGCUGUCCAAAGCUGGCAAACUGUGUGUACCUGCCAUGAAUGUGAAUGACUCUGUGACAAAGCAGAAGUUUGACAACCUGUACUGCUGCAGAGAGUCCAUCCUGGAUGGCUUGAAGAGAACCACAGAUGUCAUGUUUGGAGGCAAACAGGUGGUCGUAUGUGGGUACGGCGAGGUUGGGAAAGGGUGUUGUGCUGCUCUGAAAGCUCUGGGAGCCAUCGUCUGUAUCACAGAGAUUGAUCCCAUCUGUGCCCUACAAGCCUGCAUGGAUGGAUUCAGGGUGGUCAAACUGAACGAGGUCAUUCGCCAGGUUGAUGUCAUCAUCACAUGCACAGGAAACAAGAAUGUGGUGACCAGAGACCAGCUGGACCGGAUGAAAAAUGGCUCUAUUGUGUGCAACAUGGGACACUCCAACACUGAGAUUGAUGUGGCAAGUCUUCGGACCCCUGAGCUGACCUGGGAGAGAGUGCGCUCUCAGGUGGACCACGUCAUUUGGCCUGAUGGCAAGAGGGUCAUUCUUCUGGCUGAGGGGCGUCUCCUUAACCUCAGCUGUUCCACAGUUCCUACAUUCGUCUUGUCCAUCACAGCCACAACUCAGGCCCUGGCGCUCAUUGAGUUGUACAAUGCGCCUGAGGGACGAUACAAGCAGGAUGUUUACUUGCUCCCUAAGAAGAUGGAUGAGUAUGUUGCCAGUCUGCAUCUUGCCACUUUCGAUGCCCACCUGACAGAGCUUUCUGAUGAGCAGGCAAAAUACCUGGGCCUGAACAAGAACGGCCCCUUCAAACCCAAUUAUUACAGGUAUUAGUGUGCAGGAGAUAAUGUCUCAGCACACCUUGAUGAGGAUGGUACCCAACACCACCUUAUCCCUGGGAUAAAUGAAAGAUUUAUGUAUAUUGUAUUUUAUAAUUUUCACAGGAUGCACAGCUUGUAUUUAAAUGUGUUUUACUGGCCACAGUAAGUCUCACUUAUCUUGCUGCUUCCUGUAGGACAGCACAGGGCACCCGGCUGGAAACUCAACCACAGCACUUAUAUCUGCUGUUAAGUGGGAGCGUUUGUUUCUUUUUCUGUACUUGCUGGCUCCUUAACAGCUCUUAAUAAUAUAUAAAUGUAUGGUGCCAAAUAACUUUGACAGGGAAGGGUUUUAGUUGUUGUGAAAUGUUAAUGGUAAAUGUGGAACCUUGAAUCAUGUAUCCAGUCCUCUGUGUGAUGAGAUGUAAAGGAUCACUCAGACUUACUGAGCUUUUUAGCCUCUGUUUGCUCCUUGUUUUGGCUCCCUCACCAGUCUCCCUUUUGAAAACACUGGAAAGCAUUUAGGUUAGAUAAACCUAGUUGUAGACAAGAAACAAACAGCUGAUGUGUCUGGUGAAGAAAGUAAAGCUUCAAAUGUUUUUUCCCAGGAGUAGGUGGACCAAAUCAAGGCUAAAAGGCUUGUGAGGGUUGGACUUAAAUUGAUCAGGUGACCAGAAACAUUACCCCAAUUAGAUGUGGCUGUGUGUCUGGCGGAUGUCAAAGUAAGCAACUGUUUGCCUACAAAUGAGCCAUAACGGUUUGAUAUUCUGGGAUAAUCUGGGCUAUGUUUCUGAGAGUUUGGGUUUUUGAAUCUCUCUGACCACUAAUAGUCAGGAUCACUUGAUGCAGCUUCAGUGUUUUCUUCUCGCUUUGAUGUUGCAUUGCACAUUAACUUCAUACAUUCCAUCCACCAGAUACAGAAAAGUGUUCUCUGUAAUAUCAUCAAAAUCACUGCACUUCAGCAGAUCUGGGCAAAAGGUACAAGUACAAAAGUCCUAUUUGACUAAAGAAGGGAGCUCUUCAUUCAUUUCUUGAAAAGUUGUGUCCUUUAAUGAGGUUUUUGUGUCUGUUAAGAAUAAUAUCUGCACCUCAGGGCAUUCAAAUAUCUCAAAUUAUUUGUAAAUAUAUUUUUACCAGAUCAGCACUCUGACCUUAGUAUCAAUAAGUGGUCUCAGUGGCAUUGUCAUGAUAUCAGUAAUAACUGUAUAAUUACAAAAUAGCUUUAGAGAUUUUUGUACUCUGAUCCAAAUAAUCUGUACAUAAUGUGCAGCUAUGAAAAUUCUGUGUAAAGACAUUAUCAGUCACAGACUAUCUGUUCAACAGUGUUACCCACAGUGUGAUCAUGCAGUAUGUGCCUCUGAUCAGCUGAUGUCGUGUUAAUGUUAGGAUAUCUUUUUCUACAGUAUAUUUUGGGUCUAAAGAUGACUUUAUCUUUUUUUUCCUAUCAGUACAUUACCUUGACAAAUAUUUUAGAUUUAUCAUCUGUGAUAUCAUGAUACAGAAUUGUAAUAGCUAUUCUGAUUAGUUUUUUUGUGUCUCCUGAUGGUUUUUAUUGUUCAAAAGGCUUAAGCACUGUUUCGUGAGGCUUGUUAUAUGCACAAACUUAGUAUUCCACUUUUACUUCAUAACUUAGCUGUCAGAUAUUUUGAGAAUCAUAGAACGUGCAAAAAGUAGUAUUAAUCUUUAACAGAUUACAUCAGUCAUUCUAUCAGUCUGAGGGGCUGAUUUAACACCAAACAGUUGAGAGUAUUGCUAUCCCUCCUAAGUAUUGCUGUUGUUACCUUGAUAUGAUGUUGCUUUUAAUGUUGUAUCACCUCACAAACAAUGUAAACCUCCAUUGCAGAAUUACAUAUGAUUCCUUUAAUUUUUUCAGUCCUAUUCACUUGCUGUUUUACUGUCUAGUAGUCUACGAAGCUAAGACUACUACAAUUUGAAGUGGUUUCAUCUUUGAACGAGCAGAUUUAGAAGCAUUACAGCCAAGGACAUUAUAUAAAGACACCACUGUCAGCAAGAUGAGCACUGUAACCACGGUAACUGUUUGGUUGACAGUGCGUUGUGACUCACUUAGUAAUUUACAUGCGCAACUGUGUUUUUCACCAACCAUCGUGAUGCCAAUCGUGGAUGUUUUUCUGCACUAUACAACUAAUAUAACAGCUAUGCAGCAAAAUAUACUCUGUUUUCUUCUCUUAGCAGUGUUUGACUUAAAUUAUGAAGGAGAGUUGUGAAAUCAGUAUUUCACAGUAUUUAAAAAUAUGCAUUAAUAUAAGAUGACUAACAGUUUUAGACUCAAGUAGGCAACAUGUGAUAUCACACAUAUUUUAAAAUCUGUUUCACCCCAUUUUUUUUUCUUGGAAUAAACAAGUAAAUUACUUUCAGUAGAGUAUCUAAAUAGCACUAGCCUUGCCUUUAAUGAUGGACCCAUUUUAUUAUAACCAACACGUCCUUUUACUCUGGUUUUAACUCUAUUAAAGAGGCGAAUGAAUGUGUUAUUAUUGAAGCAUACAGCUUGGAUCUAGUCUAAUUAAAAUGAGUACACCACUGUGAUUUUACUAUUGUUCAUUGUUGCUGGUUUGAGGAUUUGAUGUAGAGAUGAAGUUCUGUAAAUGAUAUAUUAUCUAUAAAGUAGGCAUAUAUUUUCAACACUUUAUCUGUACUUUAGUUUGAAGAACACAACUUCAGCAGUACACACCCUGUUAAAAUCUCUGUGCACACUUCCCUUUAAUAAACUGCUGUUUGGACUUAAAAA